ACAUACAUAUUGUGACUUUCUUCUGUGUGUAACUUUUCUUAUUUAUUUCAGAAAUGAGGGUUCAUUAACAUCAACUUUAAGAACACUUCUAUUCUUCACAGCUCUAAUGAUUACAUUACCUGUUGGGCUAUAUUUUUCAUCAAAGGCUUAUGUAUUUGAAGGUACCUUAGGGAUGUCGGACAGAGACAGCUACUUCUAUGCAGCCAUAGUUGCUGUGGUCACUGUCCACGUGGUGCUUGCUCUCUUUGUGUACGUGGCGUGGAACGAGGGCUCCCGGCAGUGGCGGGAAGGCAAGCAGGACUAG